CAGCUGCACUCCGGUACCAAUCCGCAAUUCCUUACACGCUAAGGCAUCCUCUUCGGCUCUUCGCUUCAUUCAGCGCGAAGCAGGCUAGAUCGGCGCCGAGCUCUCUGCUCUCUCUCUGCUUAGCUUGUGUUGUGGUCACUAGUCGGCCAGCACUCCUAACAGCCAUGAGGAAGUCGGGCAGCAGCGGCCAUGUCAUCGGAGUUCCGGUCACCUCCAAGGCGUAUGGGAUAGAGGAGGGAACGUGCAGGAAGAGCGACGGCGAUCACCUUGCUGUCUCGUUGACGCACCCCAGCCCUUACGCGUCUUUCGACUACAAGCACAGCAGCAAAGAUCAUCAGGUGAUCCGCUGGGUGAGCAAGCUGAGCAGGCGGGCGCAAGGCUUCAGGGAGCAUGUGACCCUGGGCCCAAAGCUGUCGGAGACGGUUAAGGGAAAGCUGAGCCUGGGCGCGCGGAUCCUGCAGGCCGGCGGGGUGGAGCGCGUGUUCCGGCAGGCGUUCUCCGCCGAGAAGGGCGAGCGGCUGGUCAAGGCGCUGCAGUGCUACCUCUACACCACCGGCGGCCCCAUCGCCGGGAUGCUCUUCGUGUCCACCAAGAAGGUCGCCUUCCGCAGCGACCGCCCCAUCACGGUGGCCUCUCCCAAGGGUGACACGGCGCGGGUGACCUACAAGGUGGUGAUCCCGCUCCGGAGGAUCGGCAAGGUGCGGCCCAGCGAGAACGCCGACAGGCCGGAGGAGAAGUACAUCCACGUCGCCACGGUGGACGGCUUCGAGUUCUGGUUCAUGGGGUUCGUCAGCUACCAGCGGUCGUUCAAGUACAUGCAGCAGGCCGUCUCGGAGCUGCAAUGACUUGCACGGCCGGCCUGGGGCCUGGUUGAUGAGGAGGUCCGGUGCAGUGCUAGUGGCUGCCCUGUCGGCACGAUGAGAAGAGGAUGUUACGGGUUGCUUCGCCAUCUUUUGUUGCGAAGUAGCCGUAGCUAGGAUUGCCCCAUCUAAUCCCGGAUCGGCGCAAUUUAGUUCCUUCCGCGUACGAUUUGGAUCAACUUUGUGUUGCUCCAAGUGGUUGCUUUGUAGCACGGACCGAGAAAUUAACCAUUUUGUGCAUGUUCUUGAAUGGAAGAGCUCACCUUUUCGAAUUGUUUCCAGUUGUGCCUUUAUGAUCUUGCACUAGUAUGUAUCAGAAGAUUUAGGGAUUUAUAACCUGAAAAUGUUGUGAAACUAUUA